AUGGCGCCUAAAAGAGGAUGGUGCAAAUAUUGUCUCGAUGACUACCGUCAAGGAGAUAUCAUUGUUAGAUGCUCGAGCUGCCCGCGCACAUUUCACCGCGAGUGUCUGGACCACGAACUCCUGACAAAUACAUCUGGCUCUGCCUAUUAUCAGAAUAAUUAUGACAACCCGGUGGAUCUGUCGGAUUUCACCUGCGACUCGUGCCAGCAGUACGCGCAGGAGGUUGAGAUAGUGAAUGAUGAGAGGUGUAAAAUUUGCAAAGAGAGGAACAGAGACGAGUCGGACAUUCUGCUGCUGUGUGACGGCUGUCCCAACAGCUAUCACAUGUCCUGCCUGGAUUUGCACGUAGAGCCCGACUCAGAAAAGUGGUAUUGCCCAAUGUGCAAACCCGAGUCGUUUGAAGGGGUCAACGUUAGAGCCCACAGAAGAAACCCGCUUCUAGACACGAGUGAGCACGUCAACUCUUCGAUCUGUUACGUGUGCCAGAGACAUGGGAAACUCCUGGGAUGUGAUUUCUGCUCAAACUCAUUCCACUACGACUGUUUACCAGAAUUUGAUAUAGAUAGUGAAUAUAUUGAACAAUUUCUUAAAUUGACUGUAGAUACUAUUGCCGAUGUGUGGGAAUGCCCUUGUUGCAGAGGAGAGGACCCGUUUAUCAACCAGAUGCAUAAGAGAUGGACGAUAUCACAAAUUGAAAAGAAUAGUAAAACAAGGCGUAAAUCCAUACUAACGUGGAAAGGAGUCAUAACAAGAUAUAGAAAUCGCUUCAUUUUAGCACAUCGUCAAGAAUUAGCACCUUUUGUAACCACUAAAAUUAUCGACCAACUCAUUCGAUCAUUCAUCUCCAAUAAAAAUAAGAAUAAGAAGGAAAAGAUGAAGGAUGUUGAGAGUCAGUUGGAUCAGCUGCAAGAAGAACAGCUUAUAGAGUCGAAUAAAUUUGUGAUUAAGGCUAGGAAAAGCUGUUUUUACCCUAGUGGACGCAGAAGAGACAGUCGUCCAAUGAGAAACGGAGUUUCACUCAAACCUCACCAGGAAGAUGGAGUUGACUGGCUCCUCAAAUCAUUUCUAACCGGAGGAGCUAUCUUAGCAGAUGAAAUGGGAUUGGGGAAAACGAUACAGACAUUGUGUUUUUUAAGUUAUUUGAAAAUGAUGAACAUUGAAGGACCACACUUGAUAGUUGUGCCUUUAAGUACAGUGGGAAAUUGGCUCAGAGAAAUUCACAGAUUUACACCUCACCUGACAGUGGUUAAGAUAUGUGGGUCUAAGACCGAAAGACUCCACGCAAUGUCUGACCGCCUGGCAUACAACGGACUUUAUGACCUCUUCGUAACAACGUACGAAACAGUGAAGUGUGAAGAAGCCUUCUUUGUGGAAACUGUACCCCGUUGGCAGUGCCUCAUCCUAGACGAAGCACACAGAAUCAAGAACCAGUCUGGAGCACUAAGACAUUCAAUGGAUCGCAUUGUGGCAAACAUGAGAUUACUACUGACAGGAACACCGUUGCAAAAUAAUGCACAAGAGCUGUUCACACUAAUCAACUUCAUGUUUCCAGAAUUAUUCAGAGACUCACAAAUCAUGGAACAGGCAUUUAAUGUGAAGAAGAGGAUUAGAAACGAAGAUGAGAUGAAUUUCACAGUGGAGGAGUUGGAGUCGAUAAAGACGUUGUUGUCGAAGAUCAUGUUAAGGAGGUUGAAGGAACAGGCGAUAAGUUUGCCGAAGAAGAUAUUCCACGACGUGUGGUUGCCGCUGAGUGAAGAAACACUAAAGUGGUACAGAACAUUGAUGAACAUCAGGACCCUGAUGAGAGAAAACCUGUCAAUAAAGAAGCUGCUGGGAAUCGUGAUAAAGAUGAGAAUAAUAUGUGGACACCCGAGAGGAAUUGUAAGUAGACCCCAACAGCGAGAGAAGCUUUUGGAGUUUUUUAAACAGGAUUUGAAUUUCCAGAAACAAAUCGAGUCAGAGGCCAAUGAACUGAACGACCUUAAGGGAUACACGCAUAUACAGGCGUCUGCAAAACUAACAUUCCUGGACAAACUGCUGAACCAACUCCACUAUGAAAACUGCGCAAUCAUACCGAAUUAUCUCAAAAUGUACAACCAGCACCUAAAGUCUCUAGAUCAGUCACUAUAUCGUCAGUUUAUCAACAAUAAUCCAGAUCCACUUGUGACCGCAACAGAUACCCAGUUUUUGGGACCCUUAAAGAUGGACGCAGUGACCGAUGACUUCAUUAAGGGGAAGAUUUUCAAGAUCGACCCGGACAAAUCGGGACCUAGCAAGAUAACCGAUGACGAUCUAAAGAACCUGUUGAUGGUGAAAACGGAACUGCCCAAGUUUGAACCCAACGUUUUGAAAGAAUUAACCCUGAAGUCUGAACUCACUUUAAACCCGGAAAACAUUUUUAAAGGUGAGCUUAACCUAAAGAGAGAAGUAGUGGAUAAGGCGGAAUCGGAAACGAGCUCAUUUAAAAGAGAGUUGGAAGCUGAAGACCAGGAUCAGAAUGGAUUAAAGGACGGCAAAGGAGAUAAGGGAUCAAAGAAGAAGAGGAAGAAGAUCUCGAAGGAUGAGUUUUUGAGCACAGUUGAGAACCAGUAUGUGAGAGUGCCCAAAAACACUAGUGAAAAUAAAAUGUACCUCAGUGACUGCCUGCACGAGGUUAACCUGACUCAAAACUGCCCGUACGUGUCAAUGAAGAUCUAUGAGAAUGCUCUGGAGCAGGAAGCGAAGUAUAAGAAGAGCAAGAAGAAAGUUUUGUACAAGUUUGAGAGCACAAACCUGAUUGAAGCCGCCGUUGGUUCAACAGAGUCGCUCUCAAACUACAUCAAUGACCCAAACCGCAAAACUUCCAGAGUGAUAGAAUCGGAUGACGAGGAUGAUUUACCAGAGACAAAUGGGGAUAAGAAUGUAUUAAAUGGCGAUGGCACACCUUCAAGUGAUAAUUUGUUAAAUGGUGGUAAAGAUGGAGUUGGUGCUGAUAAAUCAGUUGGCGGUGAUAAGUCGGGAGUUAAAAGUGAAAAAACUGCAGCGAGUGGUCAGAAUAACGGAGUUAGUGUUGAAGCAGAGGACAGUAAAGUGUAUAUGCAUAAGGUACUGAUAUUUACGCAAUUUCAAUUGGUGUUGGAUGAGUUGGAAACGUAUUGCAUAAAUAGAGGUUGGAAGUAUAUGAGGCUGGAUGGUAGUACAAAUAAAUUAAUCCGUGAGCUGGAUAUACGCGAGUUCAACAGCAACAACAGUAACUAUUUUGUAUAUUUGAUAAGUACGAGAGCGGGAGGUCUGGGGAUUAAUUUGACAGCAGCGAAUCAUGUGGUCUUGUAUGACGAGGAUUGGAACCCGUUCAUUGAUCUCCAGGCGAUAGACAGAGCACACAGAAUUGGUCAGAAGAGGAAUGUACAUAUUUGGAAGUUAAUUUCAGAGUGGACAGUCGAGGAAAGAAUGGCCCUGAUUCGUGAGAAGAAAUUACAACUUGACAAGCUGAUUUUGCAUAACAAGACCACAAAAGCAGGUGCCGAUGAAGGUGAUUCAAGUUUCACGAAUAGUGUGACAAACGGUGAAAGUGGUAAAAUCCUGGAUGAAGAGGAUGUGAUAAUAAGUCUAUCGCACGCAGCAAUGUUGAAGAUGAUGAUGCAUGGGAACAAGGCUCUAAAAUGCCUUGAAGCUGAACCCAUAACGGAUUUGAAGCUGAAUGAGAUCGUCGAUAGGAAGCGCAGAGCACCACCUGAACACCUUGAUGACACAAAUGACAUUGAUGACGUGAUUAUAGGCUCAAGCAACCAGGUGCAAGGUGAAGACAGAGUAAUUAUCCAGCUAGUGAAGGAGGAAGAUGAAAUGGAUAUAACCCAAGAAGAUCCAGCAAACCACCCCAAAAAGAAAGUUUCUGGACUCCUAGUAAAUGAUCUAAUUAAUGAAGAAGAUACCACAGAUUACGGAGUUAACCAACCCAACGAAGGUAGUAGUUAUUACGGAGUUAACCAACCUAACGAAGGUAGUAGUUAUUACGGAGUUAACCAACCCAACGAAGUUAGUAGUGAUUACGGACCUGAAGGAGUUAGUGGCGAUUCAGUAGAUUACAGAGGCAAUGAAGAUGGUGGAGAUUAUGGAAAUACUGGAGAUAGUAGUGACUAUGGAGCAACGGGAGACACUGGUGAUUACAGACUUAAUAAUGAUGGAUUAGUGAAUGGCGCAAGUGAAGUGAAUGCAGGAACAUCAGAAACAUCACAGACACAAGAAGAAACGCCUGUGAAAAAAAGAGGAAGAAAGAGGAAAAUGGUAAUGGAGUUGGAACAGGCAGGAUUAUUGUGGAGAAGUGUAAGAGAAAAGAAGAAGCCAAAUAUGAUAUACACACCAAUGGAGUGGCAGAAGAAAGGUGAAGGCAGAGUUUUAAGACACGAGACCAAGUGUUUUUGCUGCUCAAAGCCUAAGAACUUUAGAACUACAUAUAAAGACAAGGAAGGGAAUGAGGUUGAAGUGGACUACGGAGAGUUGAUCAAGUGUUUUAGAUGCCCGAAGAGUUAUCAUAAGUUUUGUGAGAGAGUGUCUAACAUUAAGAAGACUUGGAGUUGUAGGUGGCAUGAGUGCUGUUUGUGUUUCAGGAAGAGCUCUCAGUGUGGAAACUUGUUGAUACAUUGUUCUAGUUGCCCGACAUCGUUUUGCUACGACUGUUUCCCACCAGAUUACACACGGCAUUACGUCAGUGACGACUACUACUAUAACCUAAACCAGAGAGGUCUGGUGGCAAACUCUACAAAUUGGAUAUUUUUCCUAUGUUCAAAGUGCAAGAUAGAGUCUGAACGUAAGCGUAGGAGUAUAUCCGGCGAGGAACGCGACAAGCACAAGAAGGAACAGAAGGAGCUGCGUUCUGAGCUAUUAAGUACAAUCAAGAGUAAGGCUGACAACAUCAGUUCACGUGAAACCAAGAGACUCCAGUCAAUAAUUAACCGUGAAGAUAAGAAACGUAUCGAAGCCAUGAAAAUACAGGAAAGUGAACUUGAGGAAAGACACAGGCAACUAUACCAAAGUCUAUUCCCCAUCAACCUCAUCGCUGAGAUUAAAAAUCGCAUCAACUCUGAUAUUCUCAAUGAUUCCACUCCAGAUAAAAGUAACAUCGAUAAGUUUGAUCACGCAGAUAAUCAAUACAAAGGCGAUAACAUGGAUAGAGUUGGCGGGAUUAAGGGAGACGCAGAUGAUCUGGACAGUAUAGAAAAACGGGAUAAAUCUGAUAGAUAUGACGAGGAUUGGGGGGUAGGAAUGAGAAGUAAGAGACGCGGAUUAAACUUUUCAAAUGUUAGACUGCCAAGUAGAAUGUUACAGUUCUGUGAUAACUGCAGAAUACCACUGCAUAACAUUUAUAAAUACCGAGAACCAUGUCCGUUCCCAAAAGAAUACAUUAAACUAGAUCUCGAAAUCAAUGUAAAAAAACCAAAAUCUGAAGAAACUCCAAAUCAUACACCUGACGUUAAUACCACCGCCACUAAUUCCUCCAUUUCCACCAAUAGUACUCCUGUGACCACUAAUCGUAGCCCUAUUACUGCUACUAAUAGCACAAAUGAAACGGAAUCGUCGGAUAAGUAUAAGAAGAUAAUAAAGAAAUGUUAUUGUAGUUUAUGUUAUGAGAAGAAGGGAAAGCGAAGUGUACAUUUUAGAAGGCAUUGUGAUUUAUUAACUGACGAAGAUAAGGAAGAGUAUAAAGUUAGGAAUGAGAAAGUUGAGAAGGCAAUGGAGUUACUUACUAAACUUAUACCUUCUACACCAAACGCUAUUGACUAUACUCAGUUCAAUAACAUUAAACUUAAAGCGCUUUACAAUCACAUGCUGGACCAGUGCGACUCACUAUAUCUCAAGGCUCUGAUCAAUGUUGGACUACUACCUAGGGAAGCUGAUAGUGACACUGUUGUUAAGUAUCCACCACAACCUACCACCGGUGCUUCAGAGUCUACAAACACCAAGGAAAAGCCAUCUGAAGGCACUGCACCCGAUGAAGCUAGUGGACUUGUCAAAAACUAUAUUCGCUCAUUUAACAACAUUUAUAAACUGCAAAACAGCCUCAUGCUACCAAUCAUUUACAAAAAUAAUCCAGACAAUAUUUAA